AUGGCAUGCUACCGCAUUUGUACACCCACGACACCGCGUCGCUCGUGUCUUAAGAAGACGGCUGCUCCAAAUCGAGAGUACCGGGGGACCGAGUCUGGGGGCCUGUUUUAUCACGAAUCCCGCGAAGCCGAGGAGGGCGUGCCGCGCGCAAGAUACCUCGAAUACAUGCGCAACUGGCAGGUCACAGAGUACGAGCGACGCGUCACAGCCGAGGACGCAAACAGGAGAUACUUCCAGUCAUCGCGAAGUCACCCGAGAGAACGCAAGCCCUCUGCGGUGCGAUUCUUUGGAGAAACAACGUUCAUCUACAACCCUAGAAAGUCCAUUAGGGAGAUCAACAUGGCUGGCUACGAGCUCGUCGGAGUGUUCACGUCUCGGAUGACGGAAGAUGAAGUCAUGAAGGCUCGCAGACGCCUCUACAAGCGCCCGGAGGACUUUUGA